AAUUGCAGAAGCAAGGUUUGAGUUGGACCCUUUGGAAUCUGGAUCUAAACAUGUCAACUACAUUGUGGGUCCUCCGAAAUUGGAAAUCCAACUCCAACAUAUUUUGUCCCCUUCACUCUUCAUUUCUGCAUGCUUCACAUUCAUUCAUGUAAUGCUAAAUGCAUACAUUUACCCUUAUAUUUUCAACCCAUCAAAUCAUUGCUUUGGCUAAUGCAGUUUUAUGAUUACUUUUUCCAUAACCUUUACACGUGCACAUUCAUCACUUACUAAUUUCAAUGCCCUUUCCUCAACUUGUUCAUUGCCCCUUCUUUACCUAAUUUGUGGAAGAAACAAAAUCAUUACUAUGCCUUAAUUUACUCAAAAGAAAUUUUAUGAUGGGAUUUGUGUCUACAUGUGAGAGCAGUUAGUUAAAUGUAUCUGUCUAGGUUCAUUAUAUCUUUGAAGUCCUAUACUUUUUUUUUCUGGUUUCACUGUACUUUUACUCUUCUCAUUAUUCUCACUUUCGUAAAUUGAAUAGAAAUAGAUAAGAAGAAUGCAUAUGAAAUACAAAAAAAAGUCAUAAAAUUAAUAGAUUGAAAUUUCUCGGUUUCCAUAAAAGAAUUCUCAACAUGAUUUAAAAUAUUUGUUAAUGGGUGGACAUGAUGAUAAUGCAUGUUUUAUAGUUCAUGACAUUAUAGAAGUGGAGACCCGAGAGUGUACGAGAGAUUUUGGAGACAAAGUGGUGAGAAGAGCACGAUCAUAAUCCCGGGGUGGCAAUCGAUGAGUUAUUUUUCUGAUGUGACCAACAUUUGCUGGUUUUUGGAGGCAGAGUUUGCAAGGGAAGUGGUGAGGUUGCACACGGUGGUGGGAAAUGCUGUGACAGAAGGGAGACACAUUGUGGUUGGCACAGGUUCUUCUCAGCUUUUUCUGGCUGCUCUCUAUGCUCUUUCCCCUACUGAUGCACCUGAACCAAUCAGUGUUGUCUGUGCCACACCCUACUACUCAUCGUACCCAUCAAUGACGAAUCACCUGAAAUCAGGACUGUACCAAUGGGGUGGUGAUGCAGAAAGUUUUGAGAAAGAGGGUCCCUACAUUGAGCUGGUUACUUCUCCCAAUAAUCCUGAUGGACAUGCAAGAAUAUCUAAGGUCAACAGAAGCCAGGGAUUUUUGGUCCAUGACCUUGCCUAUUACUGGCCACAGUACACUCCAAUAUCAGCACCUGCAGAUCAUGAUCUUACCCUUUUCACUGUUUCAAAAAGUACUGGCCAUGCUGGAAUGCGCAUAGGGUGGGCACUUGUGAAAGACAAAGAGGUGGCAAAGAAAAUGACAAAAUUCAUAGAGCUGAACACAAUUGGAGUGUCUAAGGAUUCUCAACUCAGGGCAGCUAAGGUUUUAAGGGCAGUUUCUGACAGCUGGGAACAAGGAAACCCCCAAGAGGGGGAGUCAUUCUUCAAGUUCAGCCACAAACUCAUGGCAAACAGGUGGAAGCAACUUAGACUAGUGGUGGAGCAUAGUGACUUAUUCAGUUUGCCUAAAUUUUCACCAGCAUUCUGCACUUUUUUCAAAGAGGUCUUGGAGCCUCAACCAGCUUUUGUGUGGUUAAAGUGUGAGGGAAACGUUGAAGAUUGCGAAAGCUUCCUUCGAGCACACAACAUCUUAACUAGAAGUGGAAAACACUUUGGGGUUAGCCCAAAAUACGUAAGAAUUAGCAUGUUGGAUACUGAUGAAAAUUUUAGCCACUUUCUAGAGAGGCUUUCUUCCAUAAAAUCGUGAUUGGGAAAAUUUGCUUCUGGGUAAUGUUUGUAUGAUAAUUAGAAGUGUUAGUUUUCUGUAUGAUGGAGAGUGAAACACCGAAAUGCAAUUUUGCUCCUUCAUUUCUA